AUGAAUGAAACUGCACAGUCCGGAUCAUCCUUUACAAAGAACAAUGACUCUGUAUCUGCGUUUACGUCGAUCGAAGGUUUCAACGCAGCUGCUUCCCUGGCUGAAAAUGGUAGUGCUUUGGCUUCUGCCGACGACAACGACCUUGGUGCCAGUAGUGAAUACGGUCCGGGGGACGACGAAGCCGAAGCCGGAUUCAACAAUGACAGCGAAUUAGAAUCUACUGGAAUGCCAAUGAAACCAGCUACCGGAAUGCCAAUGAAACCAGCUACCGGAAUGCUAACGAAAUCAGCUAUAGUAGUAUUCCACCUAUUCGGCAAGAUUAUCGAAAUUCCCAUUGAUGUAUUGCAGUUUAUCAAUACAUACUUAAACCAGAAACAAAUGCAUCGAUGUGAACCAGGAGCGGCUGUCAGUUCCAAGGAGUCUGCUGGAGCCUGCGGGAAUGGAACAGCUGGAGCUUCGAUGAUGGUACCGACAAAAUCAAACUACGAUGCCAUAUUUAAAAUCCCGAUCACAGUAUUGAGGUCCGUCCAGAACCUGUUCAACCGUGUGGUUGAAAAGCUGUGUAAGAUCCAUGGUAUAUAUAACUGUGGUGCCCACUGAAGUAUCUGCAUAACAAUGCAACGACCCACACGACACAGACUUAUAUUUAGUCUUCAUCGUUAAAACAAUAUUGUAAUUUGUAAUAUCCUUCUAAUAGUGUGUAACGUUUAGACUAUGUAUAGGUUUGUACCGUGUGUACGUACUGUCUUUAUAGGUAUUUAAAUUUUUUUUUUAAUUUUUUUUUUAUUACAUAAGAAUGUACCUACUAUGUGGAGUGGACUUUUUGAAACUUAAGACUCCUGUGUAACACAUUACCAGACGUGU